AUUAAUUAUGAUAACAAGUUUUUAUAUGUAUAAGAAAUAAACAAUAUAAUUGUUUUAAUGCAGGAGCAAUCACGGACAAACAAGGCUGCUAGACAGAAGCAGCCUUACAAUCAUAGUAGCGGGUCCAAGUCGUUUCUACAACGACAGCAUGAGCUCGCUGAAAGAAGAGGGCAGCCGGUCGAUCGUGUGGAAUUGUUCCGGGAAACACACGUUCGAGCUGGGACAUUCGUGUCGCAAGCCGCCGAGGAUGCGCAUAAUCAAAUGCUGGAACUCCAAUCCCAGCCUAUCCCAGAGGGUAGUCAGCCACUCUCUGAGGAUGAGAUAUGCGAUCAGGUGUUGGGUAGACGACCAGGCUACUCAAAAGGCCUUGGUUGGGGACCCAAGCCGAAGACCCGCAGAACGGCAAGUGCAAGCAGUUCGUCGACAUCUUGUUCGCAGUCCACACAAAAAGAGAUUGAAUUACAAGCUAAACUUAAUGAAGCUUUGGAACGGAUUGAAGUACAAGAUAGAAAUCACCAAGCAUUAGCUUCACAAGUGGAAGCUAUGAAAAAGAUGAUUGAAGACCUAACUCGUGCACAACAGGGACCACCACAUGAUCCCUAGCUUCAUUAUGUUUAUGUUUUUUCUAUAUUGAGAACUAUAUUUUGUUGUAGUCAACUUAUUCGUAUUAUUAAUUUUAAUUCUAUUUUUUUAA